CAGACAUAUAAUUCCACACCGCCUGACAGGCUGCCACAGAAGACAGGCCCCUGCAGCCUUCCUGAGACUGCUCGGAGUGCAUGAGGUCUUCGGUCUUGAAGCAGCUUCCAAGCACAGAAUACAAGAUCUGAAGGAAGGCCUACAUCGUCUACCCAUUUUUUGAAAUCAGACAUUUGUUAACUGCAACACAUUGUGGUGGGACCAGCCACAUUCCCCAGAUGCCCAAUCCAGCUGCCCAUCUGCCUUUUUACUAUGGCAGCAUCUCCAGAUCCGAUGCAGAGGACCACCUCAAACUGGCAGGGAUGUCUGAUGGGCUAUUUUUGCUGCGACAGUGCCUUCGCAAUCUUGGCGGAUAUGUCCUCUCUGUGGUGUACAAACUCCAGUUCUACCAUUAUCCCAUUGAGCGUCAGAUGAAUGGGACCUUUGCUAUCUCUGGAGGGAAAGCCCACUGUGGCCCUGAAGAGCUCUGUGAAUUUUAUUCCAAGGAUGCAGAUGGACUUUGCUGUACUUUGCGGAAGCCUUGCAACCGUCCUAAUAGCCUGGAACCCCAGCCAGGUAUUUUUGACAACAUCCGGGAGAAUAUGGUCCGCGAAUACGUCCGGCAAACAUGGAACUUAGAGGGAGAGAAUCUUGAAGUAGCAAUAAUAAGUCAAGCCCCACAAGUGGAGAAACUCCUGGCCACCACGGCUCACGAGAAAAUGCCUUGGUAUCAUGGCCCCAUCUCCCGAGAGCAAGCGGAAAGCCGGCUCUACUCAGGAGCACAGCCUGAUGGGAAAUUCCUGAUGAGGCAAAGGAAAGAACAAGGAAGCUAUGCCCUCUCCCUUGUAUACGGAAAGACUGUUUAUCACUAUCGAAUAGGACAAGGAAAAUCAGGGAAAUACUCAGUGGAAGAAGGAACCAAAUUUGAUACGCUGUGGCAGCUGGUCGAGUACCUCAAACUCAAACCGGAUGGCCUUAUCUAUUAUCUGAAAGAAAGCACCCCGAAUCCUGAAAUGCAAUCAGCGCCAGCCACUCCAGUGCCACCAGCGCAUCCAUCUACAUUGGCUGCUCGGAGAUUCACACCUCAGAACUCAGAUGGAUACACACCAGAACCCUUUGGAGCAGGGAAGAAGACUCGAAUUUUGCCCAUGGAUACCUCCUGUUAUGAAAGCCCAUACAGUGAUCCCGAAGAGCUGAAGGAUCGGAAGCUAUUCUUAAAAAGGAGCAGUCUGAUCAUGGAUGAAGUGGACCUGGGAGAAGGCAACUUUGGGUGUGUCAGGAAAGGAGUUUACAAAAUGAGGAAGAAGCAAAUUGAUGUAGCCAUCAAAAUGCUAAAAGAGGGCAACGGAGUGGUACAGCAGGAUGAAAUGAUGAAGGAGGCCCAGAUUAUGCACCAGCUUGACAAUCCUUACAUUGUCCGUCUCAUUGGCGUGUGUCAUGCGGAAGCCCUCAUGCUGGUGAUGGAGAUGGCAUCAGGUGGUCCCCUGCACAAGUUCUUGUCUUCCAAGAAGGAUGAAGUUCCUGUGAACAAUGUGGUCGAACUGAUGCAUCAGGUAUCCAUUGGGAUGAAGUAUCUGGAAGAAAAGAAUUUUGUCCACCGGGACUUGGCUGCCCGAAAUGUGUUGCUUGUCAACCAGCAUUAUGCCAAGAUCAGCGAUUUUGGGCUUUCCAAAGCUUUGGCAGCUGAUGACAGUUAUUAUAUGGCCAAAACCACUGGGAAGUGGCCUUUGAAGUGGUAUGCGCCAGAAUGCAUCCUGUUUCGGAAGUUUUCAAGCAAGAGUGAUGUCUGGAGUUAUGGGGUGACUAUGUGGGAGGCCUUUUCUUAUGGCCAGAAACCCUACAAGAGAAUGAAAGGACCCGAAGUCAUGGCAUUCCUUGAGGAAGGGAAGCGUAUGGACUGUCCAUCCAGCUGUCCGCCAGAGAUGUAUAAGCUGAUGAAUCAAUGUUGGACGUACAAAUGGGAAGAGCGCCCAAAUUUUGCUGCUGUGGAGACACUGAUCCGCACAUAUUACUACAGCAUUGCUGACAAGAAGGAAGAGAAGGAGUAGGGAAAAAAAUUACACUGGCAUAAUGAUGGACUCAUGAAAAUGGUUGGAAGGCACACGUGCCCAUCGCCUCAUGCCAGCUUCAGCAUUUCUGAAGGAAUGAUGUGCUGCAGAGCUCCAAUUUCUUCACUCAUUCAAUGAAUCUCUCUCUCCCUCCCUUUUUAUCUGGGGUAGCAGAUAAUUAAAUUAAAUAAUUAAAUUAAAUAAUUAAAUUAAUUAUUUUAAUUAAAUUAAAUAAUUAAAUUGGGAGACUAAGAUGGCC